AGAAACAGAGAGAGAGAGAGAGGAGGCUGAGAAGGAGAGAGAGAGGGAGAGAGAGAAAAAGAGAGGGAGAGAGGAGGCAGCAGGACGGAUAUGAAGGAGCUGCUGAGUUUCUGUUUCUGAAGACUAAAAACCGGUUUUGCGAUGGGGAACACAGACAGCCACAGCAGUUUCGUGUCUCCCGCCAAGUCGCCGUGUUCGCUCCGGCUCUCGUCCUGCAGGAGGGAGGAAACGCCAUCGGCUCGCAGCUGGUGGAGGAGCAAUCAGGGCCGGAGCCGCGGGAGGAACUACCUGAAGCCGCAGGUCACCGGGCCGCCGUACACAUCCUGGCAUUACGAACCCGCCCCCACGCCGGGAGCCGCACCUCCGAGGUUCUUCACAGGAAGUACCGGGCAGAGCGUGGAGUGCACGUCUCUACAGAGCGAUGGCGAUGGCAGCCCCAAAGUGAUGCUCGGAAAAGACGGGAGCAUGAGGGUGGAGUUCACAAACGCCAGGGGAGUCUCCGUGGAGACGCAGGGCCUCCCCCUUGCCGCGGCCGGCGCCCAGACAGCUGUCGAACCCUCGCUGCGCACCAGUAAAGGCAGCUCGCUCAGCUCGGACGGGUCCUGGUACGACUCGCCGUGGGGGCCGGGCGGCGAGCUGGCUGAUAACGUGUUCGUCUGCACGCAGAGUAGCGGCUACGCUGCCUACUCCUCGGCACGCACAGAGGACAUGGCCACCGGUAGCAGCGGCUACAACACCGUCUUCUCCGCGCAGGUGGACGUCUCGCCAGGGUUCAACGCCAGCCUCCUGUUCCCCGCUGGCGGCCAGAGCAGCGAGUUCUGCAACACGUGCUCCUCUGGGCGCACGGAGGACAGCGGCAUCGGAGACUCUGUGAUCCUGCCGGAAGACUUCAGUUCCGCCUUGCUGGACAGCGUUUACCAAAACACGCAGCAGUUCGCCUUCCCUACCGCCCCGGACGCCCCCGCCGCUUUCUGCUGUUCGACGCCGCGGCUGGAUGAGAUCAUCGCAGAAGAGGAGGGAUCGGGCGUGGAGCAGCGGUACUCCUCGCUGACGCUCCCCUGUCGCAGGGCCGAGUCCGUCGGAAACUCCGCAGCCGCCGCCGGGAACAGCCGCAAAGACUUCCUGAAGAGUCGGAUCCGACGACUCAGUGACUGGACAGGAAGUCUGAGCAGGAAGAAGAGGAGGAUCCAGGAGCCGUACGGCAGCGAGAGCAGCAAUGGCUGCAACCUGCUGUGGUCCUCCAACCCUCUCCACGCUCAGAACCAGAGCCAGAACCAGGUCCCAGCAGCCUCCUGGGGCUCCUCUGGGACCCUCAACCAGACCCAGACCCAGAACCACAGCCAGAGCCAGAACCAGGUCCCAGCAGCCCCCUGGGGCUCCUCCAGGAGCCUCAAUCAGAACCAGAACCAGGUCCCAGCAGCCCCCUGGGGCUCCUCCAGGAGCCUUACCCAGAACCAGAACCAGGUCCCAGCAGCCCCCUGGGGCUCCUCCAGGAGCCUUACCCAGAACCAGAACCAGGUCCCAGCAGCCCCCUGGGGCUCCUCCAGGAGCCUUACCCAGAACCAGAGCCAGAGCCGGACCAGCGACGCCCAGCGGCAGAACGUCUACGAGAACUUUAUGCAGGAGCUGGAGACGGGCGCCGCUGAGAGGACCGAGCCGUCGGACGGGGAGGAGGGGGAGGAAGAGAUGGAGGGGGAGGAGGAGGAGGAGUGGGGGGGAGGCGGGCAGCUGGACUUCCUGUUUGAGACGGAGCAGGGCGCGGUGAGGCGGGCCGGAUGGCUGUCCUUCAAAGCUCUUAUCACCGUCGGCAAAGACAGGAAGCUGGAGCUGGUCGCUCGCCGCAAGUGGAAGCACUACUGGGUCACUCUGAAAGGUUGCUCUCUGCUGUUUUAUGAGACCUACGGGAAGACGCUCGGCGCCGAGCGGGAGCUUUCUCCGCGCUACGCCCUGCUGGCAGACGACAGCAUCGUCCAGGCCGUCCCCGAACAUCCCAAAAAGGAGCACGUCUUCUGUCUGAGCAACUCGCACGGAGACGUCUACCUGUUCCAGGCCACCACUCAGACCGACCUGGAGAACUGGGUGACGGCGAUCCACUCGGCGAGCGCGGCGCUGCUGGCUAAGCGGCGUGGGACGGAGGACACGCUGCGUCUGCUGCGCGUCCAGAGCGGCGCCCUGCUGCACAGCAUCGACAUGGACGCCAAGAUGAAGAAGAUGGCCGAACUGCAGCUGUCCGUCAUCAGGGAGCCCAGGAACAGGAAGGCCGUGGAGAGCCAGAUCCAGCAGUGGGAGCAGAACCUGGAGAAACUGAACCUGGAUCUGUUCCGUCUGCGCUGCUAUCAGUCCAGCCUGCAGGGCGGCGAGCUGCCCAACCCCAAGAGCCUGCUCGCCGUUGCCAGCCGGCCCUCCAAGAGCAUGCUGGGACGGCUGGGCGUCUUCUCCGUGUCCUCCUUCCACGCUCUGGUGUGCAGCAGAGACGAGGGGACUCUGAGGCGACGCAGCCGCUCUCUGUCGGGAGGAUGCAGCCGGAGGCGCGGCCUGCCGUCCUCUCUGAGGGCGCUGGACGCACCCAAGAGACGCAGCAGGGACGCCAGACACUCCACAGCCCAGGUAAUACACCGCACCCACCACGGCCCAGGUAAUACACCGCACCCACCACGGCCCAGGUUAUACACCGCAUCCACCACGGCCCAGGUUAUACACCGCACCCACCACGGCCCAGGUAAUACACCGCACCCACCAUGGCCCAGGUUAUAAACCGCACCCACCACGGCCCAGGUAAUACACCGCACCCACCAUGGCCAAGGUUAUACACCGCACCCACCACAGCCCAGGUUAUACACCGCACCCACCACGGCCCAGGUUAUACACCGCACCCACCACGGCCCAGGUUAUACACCGCACCCACCACAGCCCAGGUAAUACACUGCACCCACCACAGCCCAGGUAAUACACCGCACC